UAACAGGGGCCGCGGGCGGCGGGACGUGGCGUCAGUGCGUCACUUCCGGCGGGCGGUGAGGCGCGGAGAAGGGGGCGGCCGGACGGCGGGGAGCAUCAUGCCCAAGUUUUACUGUGACUACUGUGAUACCUACCUUACGCACGACUCGCCGUCUGUGAGGAAGACCCACUGCAGCGGUCGGAAGCACAAAGAGAACGUGAAGGACUAUUAUCAGAAAUGGAUGGAGGAGCAAGCUCAGAGCCUGAUUGACAAAACGACGGCUGCAUUUCAACAAGGAAAAAUCCCUCCCACGCCGUUCUCGGCUCCUCCUCCUGGCGGGGCGAUGAUCCCCCCGCCCCCGAGUCUCCCCGGUCCUCCUCGCCCCGGUAUGAUGCCAGCGCCCCAUAUGGGGGGUCCCCCUAUGAUGCCGAUGAUGGGUCCCCCUCCUCCUGGAAUGAUGCCCGUGGGGCCUGCGCCCGGCAUGAGGCCGCCCAUGGGCGGACACAUGCCGAUGAUGCCCGGACCCCCGAUGAUGAGACCUCCAGCCCGGCCCAUGAUGGUGCCCACCCGGCCGGGAAUGACCCGCCCAGACAGAUAAGAAGAGAGAGCGGCCCGUUCGUCUCACUCCUGCGCUUCUCGUUUUUCUCCACCGCGGCCCCCCGGGGCCGGGGCGCUGUCCGACGCUCCGAAAGCAGAGUCUGCCACCCUUCCCCGGCGAAGGGGAACGACGGGAUAAAAACCCGGAGGCGAAACUUCGCUUGUACCCGGGGGUGUCAAAAUAAAAGUGUCGACCGCGGUUUAGCUGCAGAAAACUUGACAUUCUGGUUUGUGGCCGUGAGGGGAGCGAGGAACGAGGAGAGUAGGGGACUCUCCGACUCCGAUAUCCCGUUCUGCUCACUCGCCGUUGUGUGCCCUCGGAGGUUUGGACUCUAUCCGAGUUACGAAUUCCCGCAGGCUUCAUCCCGUGUUGAAAAAUGCACCAUUUUGUAAACUCUA